AUGACCCGAAUCGGCUGGUACGGCCUCGGCUCCAUGGGCCUAGCAAUGGCGACCAACCUCCAACGCCAUCUCGUCACCAAAAAAGUCCCCGGAAUGAUCUAUUCCAACCGCACAAUGGCACGGGGCAACCCCUUGCAAGCACUGGGCGGUACUCCCGAGACCAGCUUCGAAAAAGUCGUCGGACAGUGCGGGAUCAUCUUCACCAUGAUCUCGAACGACGCCGUGCUGAGCAACCUGGUCUCCACUGCUAUUAAUUCCGGACAGUCUCUUCGCGACAAGAUCUUCGUCGACUGCUCCACUGUCCACCCGCAAACAGUGGGAUUGACCGUGUCCAAGCUGAAGGAGAAGCAGGCGUCGUUUUUGUCGGCUCCGGUGUUUGGGGGGAAUCCGAUUGCUGUGGAUGGGAAAUUGGUUUUUGCGAUUGGUGGGCCGAACGAUGCUGUUAGGGUGGUGAAGCCGUUGAUUCAGGAUGUUAUGGGGAGGAGGGUUAUUGAGUGUGGGGAGGAUGCUACUAAGGCUGCGUUGUUGAAGAUUGCGGGAAACAUUGUCACCGUCAACAUGAUGGAAGCUGUUGGUGAAGCGCAGGUCUUCGCUGAACGUACCGGCCUCGGAACGGGUCCCAUGGAGGAACUCAUCGGGGAGGCCUUUGGCCCCGUUGCUGGCGGUUACUCCAAGAGAUUGACAACCGGCGCCUACGCACCCCCACUCGACUCCCGUCCCGGCUUCGGCGUGUCUUUGUCCAUCAAAGACGCAAACCACGCCUUGACCAUGGCCAAGGAUCACAACGUCGAACUCCCUGCUCUCCAACUUGCCCAGGGGAACAUGGAAGCUGCCAGGGAGUACGGCGGCGAGUGUCUGGAUAGCAGCUCCAUGUAUGGUGUUCUGCGUCAGAAAGCGGGAAUGGAAUUUUGGAACGAGAAGAGUAGAAAGGGAGGGUCUUGA